CUUUAUGGCGACAGAGCUAGCCCAAUAAUAGUGGCCUUUAAGCACGGGCCUGAAAGUCUUGUAGCGUUGCAACCUCGCCUGGGUCUUUGGUAUAUCACCUUAUGUAGCCAUGUCUCGCAAUGUUGUAGACCUGACGCUCAGCGACGACGAGGCGGAGAGGGCGCCCAAAAGGAGACGCAUGGACCCAACAGCUCGUGCACGCACGCCGGCUGGGGCGGACGGUGGCUUCAUUGUUGUAGACGACUAUGAACCUGACUCGGAUGUCGAGGCAAUUCCACCGGAGGAGGUACAGCGCCAACGCGAAAUUGAUUUCAGGCGGGAGCACUCCGGCGAGCAGGACGGCAGUGACGGAGAAAACGAUGAGGACGUACUCAUAACUGCAACACGUGGCACCGUUGCCACGCGGGACAUGCCCCACCCCCGACCCACCUGCGCGGCGCACCCGCACGACAGCACACAGGCCUGCGCGGCCAACGCGCGCCACUGCGCCAAGUGCUUCUGCUACGUGUGCGACGUGGAGGCGUCCAAGUGCGCCUACUGGGGCAAAGGUGGCCGCCAACAGGACCACGCCAACGCGCAUGUCAGCAAGCAAUGGAACCGGCUGAGGGAGGCAGCCAAGGCGGGCAAGACCAAGACCGUUGCCAAUGCGUACAACGACACCGGCAGCACCGGCAAAGGCAGGUCGCAGCGAGAGCUACGCUCGCUGCAGGACAACCCAGCGGCUGCCGCCGCGGCGGCGGGGUCCGUCCCCACGUCCAGGCGGCGGCAGGCGGCGCAGCGACCGCAAGGGGCGGCGGCGGCAGUGCCUGCGGCCGCAACGGAGGCCUCUGAUAGCCCGGCCACCUCAGACGAGGGCACCUCAGAUUCAGCGGACGCCGAGUGGACAGCGCAGCAGGAGGCGGCGGGGCGGCGCCGGCGGGAGAACGGCGGCCAGGCCCGCGCGCCAGCAGCCGGCGCGCGGCGGAUGGCCGACGCCGAGCCGCGCCAGCAGCAGCGCCAGCAGCAGCAGGAACCACAAGUGGCGGCUGGUGCGGCUGCUGCUGAUGGUGGUCGUAAUACGAUUAGCCGGGAAGAGGCGGCACGCCUUGACAAAGAGGCGGUACGUCGUCACGAGCGGCAGGGUGAGCGGGAGGAGGCGCGCAGGCAGCGGGAAGCGGAUGAGCGCCAGCGGCGGCAGGCGGAUGUGGAGGCGCGCGAGCGGCAGGUGCAGUCGCAGCGGGAGGACGCAAUGAGGAAGGAGGCGGCGCGGAAGCUGCGGGAAGCGGAGGACAAGGGGCGGGAGCAGGAGCGGGUGCGGGAAGAAGAGGCAAGCAAGCAGCUGCGUAAGGCGCAUGAAGAAACGCUGCGAGCGGCCGCGAGUGCCGCCGCGCGGAAGCUGCAGGAGACAGAGGAUGAGCGGCGGAGGCUGCGAGCGGAGAUGGAGCGGCAGCGGCGGCCGCUGAAGGAGCAGGAAGCGGCGCGGCGCCUGGCAAAGCCGGUGACUGGCGUACCGGCCUCCGCCACCGCUUUUGGCGCCACUGCCGCUGCGGUCGGCGGCUUGAAGCCUGCGGCUGCGGCUGCUGCGGUGCCGUUGCAACGCACUUUCUUGUUUGCCGCCGGCAGCAGUGGGUCAGGCGCUGCGGCCGCCGCUGGUGGCAGCUGCAGGGCUGCACCAGGGGUACCGCCGCACAAGCCGCACAGCGCGCAUCCCCCGCAAAUCCACCGCCAACAUCACAAGCCCGCGGCCGUGCCAGGGGCGCCCAAGGCGCCGGCAGCCGCGGCGCCCGUGCCGCCCCACCGGCCGCAUACGGCGCCUGCCGCUGCCCACCACGCGCCAGCCGCGAGACCUCCGAACAUGACGGCCCGCGGCAGCGGCUACAUGCGCUCGGCGCCGGCGGGGGUGGCGGCGGGAGUGGCCGCGGUGGCAACCAGGCCAGCGCCGGCGCAGCCGCAGGCGGCUGUGGGCGCGGGGAAGUACCGGGUUGCGCCGCAGCCGCUGCACAGGAGUGGUGUGUUGUGGGAUCUGCACGAGGACUCGGGCCAGAGCUGGCGGUAGAGGCACGACCAGGCUUGUGGAGGCCUCGGAAGUUUGUGCAGAGCGGUCAUUGGGCAGCUGUUACUGUGUCAGCUUUGUGGGCACUGGACAAGGCAGAGGCACUGUUGAAGGGACUUGGACAGUACGGUAUUGUGUCAACAGCGUCAAGGUUGCCUUGUUAGGGUCCACAUGUGAUCCAGCUAUAUGUGUCAGCCAGGCUAUGUGAUAAACGCAAAAGAGAUAAGGACGCAUGUUGCUUGGGUUGCGUGUACACUGACGGGUUCAACUGCGGGGACUUGUGCUCAUUGAAGUUGCGGUGUUCGUCGUGUCCAGGCUGCAUCAGCCACCUUCAGCAGUUAAUGGUGUCGUGGGCGAUUGAGGCAGGCUGAAGGUCUUGAGGUCUCCGAUGGCUGGGAGCUGGGAGUGUCGGGUGGCCGGAUGUCGGGGGCUGGGCCUCCGGCAGGGGGUUACAGCACUGGGGUUUCACGGUUGCUCGGCAUGUGGUGCAGUCGCGGCGUGGGGAUUUGUGCGGUUCAGAUCGAGGUGAGGCGGCUGCUACAAUCACUUGGUUCGAUUUGUUACUGUGAACAUGUGAUCUCGCUCUGUAUUAUUAUUCACUGC